AAAUCACGUUCCGAAUUGGUUCACAUUAUUCUUCAGACCAUUGUGUAAAAUAUUAAACUAAUAAUAUGAGAACGAGGCCACAACAACAAUUGUGUAUCUCUCUCCUCCCACAUUCCCAUGUAUAUAUACAUAUGCUUGGCUUGUCCUUUUGCUUCACUUUUAAUUUCUACUCAUAUCCAUCAUUCUCUCUGAUUUCAAGAAACAAUCUGAAUUUCUUACAAUUUAAGACUCACACUCAUAUAAUAAUCUUCAAGCAGCUUCUCAGAUUCAGCUCCUAUGGAUCAUUUGUUACAGCAACAGGAUGUUUUUGGGAAUUAUAACAAAGCAAGAGAAGCCAUGGGACUAUCAUAUCCAUCAAACCCAACACAGUUAGAUAACGAUCAGAAGAAACCUUCUCCGGCGACUGCAGCGGCGGCGACAAGGCCACAGCCACCGGAGCUAGCUCUGAGAUGUCCACGUUGCGACUCAACAAACACAAAGUUUUGUUACUACAACAACUACAGUCUCACUCAGCCUCGCUACUUCUGCAAAUCAUGCCGGAGAUAUUGGACUAAAGGUGGAACCCUAAGGAAUAUCCCCGUCGGUGGAGGCUGCCGGAAAAACAAACGGUCCACAUCUUCAGUGACAAGAAGCCUCAGAACCACUCCAGAACCGGCGUCCCACGACGGGAAAGCCUUCUCGGUGGCGAGUUUUAAUGGGUAUAAUAACAAUGAACAUAUUGAUCUGAGCUUAGCCUUUGCCUUGCUGAACAAACAACAUCCGGGGAGUUCUUCACAGCUAGGGUUACAUUCGGAAUUCGGUAACUCUCAUCAGUCUGAUAUGGAGGGUGUGUUUGGAACAAGCCAACAGAAAGAGAACGCUACUUAUGCGUUUGGAAACGGGAGCAGCGGUUUGGGUGAUCCAAGCAGGGUCUUGUGGGGAUUCCCAUGGCAGAUGAACGGAGAGAGCUUUGGGAUGAUGAACAUAGGAGGGGGUGGUGGUCAUGUAGAUCAGAUUGAUCCAGGGAGAGAGAUUUGGACCAAUAUGAACUAUAUUAAUUCUGGUGCUUUAAUGUAGUUCAAAUUAAUUAAAACCCCAAUAUUAUUUGGGUUUUGAUUUAGGGUUUGAAUUUCAUGUUUUUUAUUGGGAGAAAAAAGGGGUAGCUAUUUUAUGAAAUGGUUAAGUAUAGAUAUAUUAGGGCUUCUUCAAAUUAAAGAGUUUCAAACUUGCAAAAUGGGGUUGGGGUAGUUUUUGUUUUGGUUUCCGAUUGACUUUCUUUAUUUGUAUGUUCACUAUGUUUUUAAUGAAACAUUUCCUUUCUUGUUCUAAA